AUGGAAAUUGCAAUUAAACAAUUAAAUAAAAUUGAAAAGUUGGAAAAUGAAAAUGAAAUUAAAAGAGAAUUGAAUAAAUGGAUAAAGGGAAAAGAUUUUGUAGAAAUGUAUCAACAUUAUUUACUUGUUAUUUGUGCCUAUUCUCCAGACAGUUUGGGAGGUCCUUCACUUUGUGAUUUAAUUGAAUGUCAUUUAACAUUUCUUUUGAUAAAAAAAUUUGAAACAUUAAAAUUUAUUGAAUAUUUUCAUAUAAACCCAAAAGCUUUAUUUAAAAGAGGAAAUUGUCCAAAAGCAACAGGAAUUAAAGAAGAGGAUUGGAAAUGUACUGGUUGGAUUAUUGGAUUUAAAAUUUUAAAAGAAGAAGAAACUAAGGAAAAUAUAGAAGAAUUAAAAAAUAAAAUUAAAUCAUUAAAAGAAAAUGAUUUUAAAAAAUAUAUUGACAAAAAUGGAGAAGAGGGAAAAAUCAAAAUUGGAGCUUCUUAUUUAAAUGAGAAGAAAUUUAAAGAAUUUAUCGCUGCAUAA